CAAACGCUGUUGUGGGAGGAUUCACACAGCAGAUCAACAGCUCAAGUGUUUUAGAUCAGACUUGUACAACUGAAGAAAAUGUUUUGUAUUUUUGUUUUGUUCUGUUUGUGCUGGUGGGAUCUGAUUGGUGUGUUUGGUGAGUCAGUGUCAGUGAUGGAGGGAGAUUCUGUUACUUUAGAAACUAAUGUUAAUGAAGUACGUGAAGCUGAUGACAUACUGUGGAGAUUUGGAGCUAAAAAGACUCAAAUAGCUAAAAUUAAAAAACAACAGCAAAUAUUCUCCACAUCUGAUGGUCCUGAUGGGAGAUUUAGAGACAGACUGAAACUGGACAAUCAAACUGGAUCUCUGACCAUCACAAACAUCACAACUCAACAUGCUGGACUCUAUAAAGUAGAGUUUACUGGAGUGAAAUCAUCAAAAAAAACCUUCAGUGUUUCUGUCUAUGCUCGUCUGCCUGUUCCUGUCCUCAGCAGUAACUCUUCACAAUGUUCAUCAUCAUCAUCAUCAUCAUCAUCAUCAUCACAGCAGAAUUGUUCAUUGUUGUGUUCAGUGGUGAAUGUGAGUGAUGUGACUCUCUCCUGGUACAAAGGAAACAGUUUAUUGUCCAGCAUCAGUGUGUCUGAUCUCAGCAUCAGUCUCUCUCUACCUCUGGAGGUGGAAUAUCAGGAUAAAAACACCUACAGCUGUGUGAUCAACAAUCCCAUCAGCAACCAGACCACACAUCUGGACAUCAGCAAACUCUGUCACACAUGUUCAGCACCUCUUUCAGACUCUCCUCCACAUCCUCCAGUCUUACACUAUAGGAUAGUGCUGAUUUGUGCUGUUGCUGCUCCUGCUGGAUCUCUGUUGUUUGUAGCUGCAUUCGGGAUAUACUGCUUCUACAAGAAAAGAGUCAUGACCCAGGAGGAAGAAUUCGGUAAAGCAACAAUACAAAACAUGACAUCAACGGUGGAUGCUCCACAUGAAAAUGUCCCCAAAAAGCAGCGUGUAGGUGUGACAUUGUCUUACUUUUAAAUCACUGGUUUUUACACCCUUUGUACAGAGUGAAAAUAAAAU